AUGGCUGAGGCUGCAGAGCUACACUAUCAACCCAAACCAACCAACACCACAAACCCAACAAGUUCUAGCAACAACCCAACAACACGCUUAAAGCUUUUUGGCUUCAAUGUCCAAGACGACGAUUUAGAAUCUUCCGUACUCGACUCCACCAAGACUUCCACACCAUCUGGUUCACCGGAAUCCGGCGGUUUUUCCACCACCGGCGACCGUAAAUACGAGUGCCAGUACUGCUGCCGAGAAUUCGCCAACUCCCAAGCCCUCGGUGGCCACCAGAACGCGCACAAGAAAGAGCGCCAGCAGCUCAAGCGAGCUCAGCUCCAAGCCAGCCGAAACGCUGCGGUUUCAUACGCCCGAAAUCCCAUCAUCUCCGCCUUCGCGCCGCCGCCUCACCUACUGGCCCCGGCCGGGUCGGUGAUGGUCCCGGCGGCGGCUCCGGCCAGCCCGUCCUGGGUCUACGUCCCGCGCGCGGCCACUCCGUUCCACGUGUCGCAUGGAUGCGUGUUUCCGGCGUCAGCCAAUCACGGGAGGGGUGCAGGGAGUUAUUCGUAUGGGGGCAGUGUAGCAGAUUCGACAUUGACGUCAUCAAUGGGGCCCCAUCAUCAGGUACUUCAACAAGGCCGGGCCCACGGAAGAGCGGAUGGGCCAUCGUUGAGUAGGUUUACUAAAGGAGAUGGUGGGCCCAGUUUUGAUGAUGCAUUGGGCUUGGACUUGCAUCUUAGCCUUUGA